GCAGCCAGGCUGUGUGUGUGCUCCAGUUUUACUCCAGUCUGUGGACAGCAGGUGCUCUGCGCUCUGAGGAUAAUGCCAACAUUGCGCCUGUGUUCGCUUUACGCACUGCCUUCCAGGUUACACUCGCAGGUUUUCAUGUCUUAAUAUUUUUCAUGCCACAAAGAUGCCUUUUCCGCCGAUCAGCCUCCAGCAGCGGAUCUCCUCUCCUGGCAGGGAUCUAUUUGGGAAAAAGAAGGCCAACUCAGACCACCCUCUGACUGAUCCAACCGGCAAAUCGGGAUCCGAGAAGGAAAAACAGUCCAGUUCUUGGACAUCAGCACACCUAAGGAAUCUAGGAUGGAGAUCACAGCAGGAGAAGAAUAAAUGCCAAGCUCAGAAAUCCAGUUCUGGUCAAGAAACUCAGGGAAAGUGCUCCUGGCUAUCGGUACCCAAACCACAAGACCCUUCUCUGGGAAUAAGGCGCUCCAGUUCCAUGGACUCCGCCAGACAUCUCAGUGGAAAAGAGGAGAAAAAGAAGGAGAUUCAGUUCUCUCUCAGUCUAACCCCUGAAGCCAUUCUAGUUAUUAAAAAACGAAAUCUGGAAAAACAGAUGAUGGCCAAACAGCAGAAGUGCUGCGCCUCCGCUGACUUUCGGCACCGUCGUGUUUUCCCGUCCAAAAAGGCGCACGGCGCGUCCAAGUGCUGCGCACCUGGCGCCAAGGCGGAGAGCGCGGAGCAGGACAUCACAGCUAUAGUUAAAAUAUCUUUGCUGAACGAUCAGUACAAGUACGAUGAUGUGGAGUACGAGGACGAGGACGGAGAUGUGGAUGAGACUGUUGUAAGGAAAUGUAAAGAGUGGCUGAAAGGAGUGGAGAACGCAGCUGCUUUGGGGAAAGCAGACAAACUUUCAGCACUUCCGCACCUUAAAGGCUGCUAACAUUUGACUUCAAAUCCUUCUUAAUCUUAAAUUGAGAAAAAAGGAUGAAUUAAACAAGUAUUAUCCGUUUUUUUCUUCAGGUUUCAUGCAAAUAAUAUACUGGAUAUACAAGAAUGUCAGCUGAUUUCAAAAGAUGUCUCUUUGUGAUGAUGUUAUCUUUGGCAAAAAGAGCAAAAUACUUUUGAAAAAGUUUAUUUGGAUCUUAUAUUCUGCUUUUUAAUCGCUACUCAAGUUUUUUUUUUUUUUUUUUCCAAGAGUAGAAGGAUUUGUGAGGCGUCUGCAGACUGAAUGAGGGGUCAGUGGAGGCACCUAAAGCUCUCCUUUUGUGUUAGGGAACAAUAAACUGUUGGAGAACAUGAGUGCUGCUGACUGAGACUCAGCCUGGGUUUGGUACUUUCCUUUUCAUCUCUAAUUUAAGGCAAAUUCAGUUAAAAAGGGACUUCAAAUAAGAAGAUUGAACCACAUCAAAAAAGAACUCUCUUAUUAAAAAUAUAUAUAUUUUUUAAUUAAUGCCUUUUUUUUUUCUAAACAUAUGGACAUCAUCCAAGGUGUUUAUACAACAAUAUGUACCACUGAUGUCAGCACAUUUGACAAUUCUGAACACAGAAACAAAUUAAAGUCAGACGUGGAUGUUUAAUUUGAAAUGAUAAUUUUAAAACAUGCUAAUCUUUCUGCAUAUGUUGUCCUGGACAGGGAUGGUAAGAUAGAAGAAGUGCAGGUACAAUAAUUAGUAAAUUAGUUGGACGGAAGAAUAGAUGGAGGGAGGAUGAAAGACACCCCAAGAAAAAUAAAAAAAGCAUUUCAAGAUUUAAAAGAAAACAAAAUAUCCAUCAUACUUUAGUUAAUUUGUCCCAAUUUGUGUAAAUCCUGAUGAACUGUUAAACCAUUGUCUCAUAAAAAAAUAACACACUUACGUCCAUACUUUGAAAAAUUAAAACAUGCUUGACAAAAUUAAAUAGUUUUAAUUUGAAAUCUAUUUAAAAAUGUGCAUAUAAUCUGAAUUUGCCCUAUUUAUUAAUGACCAAUUAUCUGUAUGGUCAUAUAUGUUCUCAGAUGAAGUGUCUUUUUCAUUUUUAAGUAAAAAGAAAACUGAAUGUUUUAAAUAACUUUUGUUCUUUUGCUGAUGUCUCUUACCCAGACUGCAUUUUUAUAAAGGCUCUUUGUUUCUUCUGUGCAGCUACCUGGAGCCAUUUGGGCAUUAGCAUUUUAAGCUUCUUAGAUGUCCCGUUAAGCAGGGUUGGCCAGUGUGCUGCAUGCCCAAUGCCCAGGUGAACAAUCCCUUCAGCUACCAUAUGAUGUUAGAUUAAACUUAAUAUACCACUAAUGUUUACACAAAAAUUACACUAUAUUAUUUUCUGCAUCUCUGUUUCAAAGUGAGGUAUUUUUUGCAGGUUUUAUCCUGACGUACUCUGUUGUUUUCUGUUAUGAGAACUUUGCUUUUACCCUGGAUGUGUGCUUCUCAGGGAAAAACAGCUGAUCAGGAAAAAUGGUGGCGAAGUACAGCCAAUGUCAAUGGAAGAGCAAUAAAGUUAUAAAAGGA